AUGAGCCAAGUUGUCUUCAGUGGGUUCCUCAUUUUCUUCAUGCAGGUCGGCUUCGUAGCGCUCGAGAUGGGCAGCGGGCGCGCCAAGAACGUGCGCAACAUCCUUCUUAAAAACCUCGUCGAUGUCAUGCUCGCCGCAAUCUGCUGGUGGGCCGUCGGCUACGCCUUUGCCUACGGCGCCAGCGCGGGCGGCGUCAUCGGAGCGUCACACUUCUUUUUCGAGGCCGAGAGCCAGUCCUCGCGGCCGUGGUUCUUCUCCUGGACGUUCUGCGUGGCGGCCUGCACCAUCGUCAGCGGCUGCCUGGCGGAGCGCACGCGCCUGGGCGUGUACCCGGCGUUCACGGCCGCGAUCGCCGCGUUUGUCCACCCUGUGACUGUCCAUUGGCUGUGGUCGCCAGACAGCUGGCUGGCGGGGGUGUCGGAGUGCAAGCCCCUCGACUUUGCCGGCGGCACGGUGGGCGCAGU